ACAUUCACUACUGUAUGUGGUCCAUAGAACUUGAUCUAGUCGAAAAAGAUUGGGCAUUUUGAAUUUAUUGUUACUCCGAAGUAGAGUGUUUGUUAUGAACAACAAUAAAUGCUAUGCCGGUUGAAUGCAUUUUAUGAUUGUUUGGACGUUUUCGUGGUUAUUAAACCAGAACAAAAGGACUGGUGGGUGUAGGUAGACCAGUGUAUAGGCACAAUGCAGUGAACCUAUACUACCCCGAUACUUGUCGCCUACAAGUUGUAGGCUACAACUAAAAUUUAUGCUUUAUGAUCACUAUAACCUGUACGGUUUGGAUCAUUAGCCGAGAUUUUGUUUGGAUUUUUUGGUUAAUCCGGUUGACGUGACAUGUGGUGCCAUAGGCUUUAACUUCGUGAAAAAACUGCAUCAAGUGCUCGACAAGAUUAUAUGAAUUUACGGCACAUUAAGGGAUUAACAGCUGUUUUUCGGGCCUUCCUGACCAUUAAUCUUGUUCAGUGUGGCGGUGACUUUUAUUAAAACCCACUAUCUGAAAGCGUAUGUAGCUUUGAAUGCUUUUUUUAAAAUGUCGGCAGACUGGUUCAGGAGUGAACAUUGUAGCGCUCUAAUUAUAGCCGUGAAAAUCUUACGUGCGCAUUGCGCAGUGAACGUCCGUAUAUUGCUGCAGUGCUUUUUAUUGUUAAAUUACUUUUAUGUGUUAUGUUAUAUACUUAGUUUAACUUUUAAUAGUUUUUUGCUUUGAUAUUGUCUUGAUUAUUGUUUUCAGGAGCAAUUUAGGCACAACAGUGAGAUGACCUUCUUUCGGCGUAAAAAAUCGGUGAACAUUACCGACUGUGAUCCGACAUAUAAGGUGGUUUACCUCGGUAAUGUCCUCACCCUUGUGGCCAAAGGAGACGCUUGCGUAGAAAAACCGUUACAGACUUUAUGGAAAAAUUACACGGUUAUGCAAAGAAAGGACAUCAAAAUGAAGCUGACAAUUUGCAGUUCCGGUCUAAAAGCCGAAACCACAGAACACGGCUUAACGGAAUACUGGGCGCAUCGAAUUACGUUUUGCGGUACACACCCUGAUUUUCCUCGUCUUUUUGCCUGGGUAUACCGUCAUGAAGGAAAACGGUUAAAACCGGAGCUGCGCUUUCACGCCGUCCUAUGCUCAAAAGCCGACAAAGUCCAGCAGAUGGCCAGCCUUCUCCAGCAGAAAAUACUCUGGGCCUUGAAUGAUUUCAAACGGGAUAAAAUAUCGAAACAGAAUGCCCGCCGUCUUCAUGAAAUUCUCUCCGAAAUUGCUCCCACUGUCUGCAAACGCCGGCAGAUUCUGUCCACCGGUCAAAACUUCCGGCCGCCCCUCGAGCGCUCCAAAAGUGCACCGCGCCUGGUAGCCAUUGAGGAAGAAGCCGGCAUUAUUCACGAAGAGGAGGAAGAGGACGAUGCGAGCGAUGUCAACGAAUGUUUGAACAGACAGAGUUCAAAUGGCACUUCAUCCAUCAGCAGCAGUGCCAACGGUGUUGACUCGACUCUAGCGAAUGAGUUCGUUGGCGGUGGGGACGAAAGCGAGACGGACGGCGAGGAGGGCGAUGAUGGACUGUACAGUCCGUCCUGGUCAGUUAACUCCUCACCAGCGGGCUCUUGGAAUGUCAAGCGACGCUCCUCGUCUACCGGUCCAAACAGUCAGGAAGGAAUGCACAAUGCCACGGCGUUCUCGGUGCACGAGCUGCAUAAGGCCAUUGAAGAGACGUCGUCUGUUGAGUCGAGGGAGUCGGGAUUCGAGGAAAUCAAGGGACAUGUUUGCUAAAUUAUGUUGACCAAAAAAGAGCUCUUUUCAGCUGUGUGUACAAUAAAUAGUCUGGUUUCGUGAUGGAGAUGUUUUCGGAUCUUUUGAUAUUUUUAUAAUAUUGUUUUCUGCUGCUUUGCAACCAAGGCCACCGGCCCAAGGCCAAACGGCAGUUUGUUUAUAAUGAUGAAUAUGCCGUUUUGACAGUUUUUGAAUCUACACUCUGUUGCCGGUUACUUUCGAUUUUAACAUGCUAUACGGCAAGCAUUUUGAGUUAAUUGUUACCUGAUAAAGAGGUAACGUCUCAGUUUAAAGCGGUCAAUUGAACAGUUUUACGUUCGUCUGAUAAGUGCUAGGUUGUGGGUAUUGUGUGCCUGAUAAUUUUUGAUUCAGAAUCGUCGCAU